AUUCAUUCCUCUCCCAUCUCCCUCUCCCUCUCUCUCUUUAAUUUUGUUUUUUUGUUCUCUCUGGUUCUGUUUCAAUGGCUCUGUCUUUCUCCUCGAGAUUAUCAUAUCUCCAUUUCAAAACCAAGAAAACCAAUCUUUAUUAUAUAACUCUAAUCACAAUCUUGUGCACAAUCUUUUAUCUCGUUGGUGAAUGGCAAAACUCUGGCUCUCCAAGUCCUCUUGCAACAAAAUCUAGCAUCAUCGAAUCCUUGUCAUGCACCUCACAACAUAUAAACACAACCACAGAACACGUUCUUGACUUCUCAGCCCACCACUAUGCCCCAGACCCUCCUCCUACGACGGCGCGUGUCACGCACAUCCCUCCCUGCGACUCUAAGUACACAGAGUACAUCCCAUGCCAUGACGUUCAAAGAUCGUUGAAAUUUGAUAGAGACAGGCUUAUUUAUAGAGAGAGGCAUUGCCCUGAAAAAAACGAGUUGUUGAAGUGUCGUGUACCGGCUCCCUACGGCUAUAAGGUGCCGUUUAAGUGGCCGGAGAGUAGAGAUUUCGCUUGGUACGCUAAUGCGCCACAUAAGGAGUUGACAGUGGAGAAAAAAAACCAGAAUUGGGUCCGGGUUGAAGGAGACCGGCUCAGAUUUCCUGGUGGCGGGACGAUGUUUCCUCGUGGUGCUGAUGCGUACAUUGAUGAUAUUGGGAAGCUGAUUAAUCUCAAAGACGGCUCCAUAAGGACCGCCAUUGAUACUGGCUGCGGGGUAGCGAGUUGGGGAGCUUACCUUCUGUCAAGAAAUAUUAUAGCAAUGUCAUUUGCACCAAAAGACACUCAUGUAUCUCAAGUGCAGUUUGCUUUAGAACGAGGAGUUCCAGCAUUGGUUGGAGUCAUGGCUUCUAUGAGACUUCCUUACCCUUCAAGAGCUUUUGACAUGGCACAUUGUUCUCGUUGCCUCAUUCCUUGGGGCCAGUAUGAUGGUCUUUAUUUAAUCGAAGUUGAUAGAAUUUUACGCCCUGGUGGGUACUGGGUUCUGUCUGGGCCACCAGUGAACUGGGAGAAUCACUGGAGAGGCUGGAACAGAACAACUGAAGAUCUUGACGCAGAACAGUCAGGAAUAGAAAGGGUAGCAAAGAGUUUAUGUUGGAAAAAACUGAAACAGAAGGGUGAUCUUGCUAUUUGGCAAAAACCAACUAAUCAUGUCCAUUGUCAAGCUAAUAGGAAGGUCUUUAAACAACCACGCUUUUGUAAAGCUCAAGAUCCUGAUAUGGCAUGGUACACCAAAAUGGAGACUUGUUUAACACAAUUGCCUGAAGUGUCAGAUAUUAAGGAAAUCGCUGGGGGAAAAUUAGCAAAUUGGCCAGAGAGGUUGACUGCAGUCCCUCCUAGGAUUUACAGUGGAAGUUUGAAUGGAAUUACAGCUGAAAUGUUUAGAGAAGACACAGAACUAUGGAAGAAAAGAGUGGCACAUUAUAAAACCGUGGACUAUCAGUUGGCACAAAAUGGGAGGUACAGAAACUUGCUUGAUAUGAACUCUUAUUUGGGAGGCUUUGCAGCAGCUUUAGUUGAUGAUCCGGUGUGGGUCAUGAACAUGGUUCCUAUUGAAGCUGAGAUCAAUACCCUUGGAGUCAUCUACGAACGAGGGUUGAUAGGAUCGUAUCAAAAUUGGUGCGAGGCCAUGUCUAAUUAUCCCAGGACUUAUGACUUUAUACAUGCUGACUCUGUAUUUAGUCUUUACAAGGACAGAUGUGAAAUGGAAGAUAUAUUGUUAGAAAUGGAUAGGAUUUUAAGGCCAGAAGGUAGUGUAAUUAUCCGAGACGAUGUUGAUAUAUUGGUGAAGAUCAAGAGCUUGAUAGAUGGUAUGCAAUGGGAUGGCAGGAUUGCCGAUCAUGAAGAUAGUCCCCAUCAGAGACAGAAGAUUCUUUUUGCAGUUAAACAAUACUGGACAGCCCCUGCUCCUGACCAAGGAGCCGGUACAGCUUCGUAGUCAUAAUAUUGCUCUUGUUUUCUUAAUUUUUAUUUUUUGGAAAGAUUUUUUUUUAUUUAAUUCAUUAUUGGUACCAAUUUUUUUCCCACUUUAUGUGGGUAUGCUCGUACGAGUUUAAGACGGUUGGUAGAUAUUUUAUUAUACAUCAAUGAAAGGUCUUUCAUUCCUUUUGUCCCUUUCUCUCUGGAUCAAAACAAAUUCGU